ACUACUUACGAUUAUACAAAAUGCGAACUUGUUGGCUACGCGGCGUUUUUCAAGUUUUCAACGUUUCUUCGAGAAUCUCAUACGAGUUUCGAUUAUUACUGUUGCCAAUAUAACAAAGACCUAUUUCUAGGGAAUAUUAAGAUGGUACACUGUAUUUUUUAAAUAUCUUAUUUCGCGGGCUACUACUUAUUAGCCAGUAGAUUGGCUUGUGUGACUGUUAUAAGUCUUUUACAAGUUUCAAGUUGUAAAUUUGUGUAAGUAGGAUUCUGCGCCGGGAGGAUGCCGGCAGAGCGCACUUUGCGCCAUAAGUGUCAAUUGCUAUCGGUUUUAGUUAUUUAUUCGCAGCAGCACAAUUUGAAAAUGUCGGACAGUUCUGACGAUGAAGUAAACGGCGGUGAAGAAAUCAGAGAUCCGUGGAUCCCGUACAAAGAUAAGGAAGAAUGGAAGGACGUAACACCUUUGCCACAAGACGAUGGUCCUCAUCCAAUUGUGGCUAUUGCUUAUACAAACAAGUUUAAGGAUGUGUAUGAUUACUUUCGGGCCAUCCUGAAAUCUGGGGAAAAGUCAGAAAGAGCCUUGGCACUUACUGUAGAUUGUGUCUCCUUGAAUCCUGCAAAUUACACAGUAUGGCAAUAUCGAAGGGAGAUUUUAAAGGCUUUAGGAAAAGAUUUAAAAAAAGAAUUAACAUAUGUGGAUGUAGUUAUCAAGCAUAAUUCCAAAAACUAUCAAGUUUGGCAUCAUAGGAGAGUAAUUGUCGAAUGGCUUCAGGAUGCCAGUGAAGAAUUAGCAUUUACUGAAGACAUUCUGAGAAAGGAUGCAAAAAAUUAUCAUGCUUGGCAGCAUCGUCAAUGGUGUAUGAAGACUUUCAAUCUCUUUGACAUGGAAUUGACAUACGUUGAACGAUUACUGCAGGAAGAUGUUAGAAACAAUUCAGCAUGGAAUCAACGAUACUUCGUGUUAAGCAAUACUACAAAAUUUGAAUCAGAUGUAAUAGAACAGGAAGUUGAUUUUGCAUUAAACAAAAUAACGUUGGUCAAAGGAAACGAAAGUGCCUGGAAUUAUUUGAGAGG